AUGAUUUCAACAAUCGGCACAACAACAAUUCAAGCCACGAACGGCGGGACUCUGUCCACAACUACAGCACCAAACUCGCUAGUCAUGAAUCCUACGUCAAUGUUGGUAGAGAUGAAAAGCUUUAUUCCUUCUUCAUAUACUUUUGAAACAGAAAUCCAGAAGAUAAAGCAAGAACUUUUAACAAGUAAUUUAGACUGUAGUGCGAAAGAUGAAACAAAUGAACAGUAUCUUUAUGAAAUGGAGGACCUCAUCGACCAUUUGCCUAAACUACCUGAAAUUCAGCAGCAAAAACUAACUAUUCCUGAAUUCGACGAAAUUGAAGUCAAAGCAACUGACUCAGUAGAAAUUAAGAAAUUCAUACGUAAAGUAAAUUAUGAAUUCCUUGGUUUUCAUUGCAACCAUAAAGUUAUGGACAAAGAUUGCGACAUGGUUUAUAAAAAUAUUUCUGACCUUUACAAAUCCGAAGAAUUUAAGACAUACGAUAACUUUGUUUCAUUAGUUGCAAAAUGUGUAUGGCAGAUAAGAGAUAAAGAUAGAAGAGGUAAAGUAUGGAAUGAACAGAUAAAACCAGCAGCUUUUGAGUUAAAGAAAACCAUUGACGCCUUAGUUGUUCUAGCUGGUUUUAUUUCAAUGUAUAACGCAAAAACGAUGCCGUAA